UUCCCAGCGCCACAGGACGGAGUCGUGUGCGAAGACUAGUGCGUCUAAACCCCGUCGAGCUCUGCCCUGGGUCCGCGCGGGACCGCGGCCCUCCCAGCCCCUCUUUGCUGGCAAAAAUCAAGAGUAUCCCUGUGAUUACAAUAGACAUCUCUGUGAGAGAUAGGGCUGUAAUAAUUCAACAUGGCUUAUGGCUUGCCAAGAAAGAACACAAUGAAAACUAUUUUGCGGGGCUCUUCUUACAAAGUGCAGGAACCUUGGGAUCUUGCACUGCUUACAAAGACCUGGUACACAAACAUAAUGAACAUCAAAUUGCCUUUCUUGGAAGAAAUUACAUUUGGUAAUCCUUUACACCUCCAAAAAUAUAUAACCGUCAAGGAUAAUCUGUUGCCUUCUCCGGAAUGUGUCAAAUUUGAAAGGGAUUAUGAAAUGAAGCGCUUGAAUAAACUGAAAUGUCAGAAAAAGGCAGCAGAGAAAAUUCAGUUUUCUCUAAGGGAAAGGCCAGUUGGUUUGAGAAGACCUCUUCCACCUAAGUGACAAUCAUCUCAUAAUUGAAUCUGUGCUCUUCGUUCUUCAUCCAAAGAGGAUGAAGGGCCCCAGUCUUUCACUGUGUGGAGUUCUGUGCAAACAUAGGAGUGCCCACUGCUGGAGGACUCAGCUCCUGUGGACUAGAGGGCAGUGCUCGCAUUUCCUGGGUCUCUUCACACACUAGUUCCAUUGUGUCUGAAGCAACAGCACUGUUAUGGCUCACAACAUUUGCAAAGUAGUGAUGGUGUUUAAGAACAUGGAUUCUAGAAUGAAACUGCCGUGUUCCAGUUCCAUUUGCCAACCAUAUUAACUU